UUCUGGGAAGAGAACCUCACAGGAAGAGAACUGAAACUUGGGGUGGGGACUGGGGAAAGGGGUGGAGAGUUCUCCAAGCUGCCUAGCCAGGAGCUGCGCUGAGGUCUGCUGAGCCCAGGAACAGUGUAGCAGCCAACUCAGAAUGGCAUCAGGCAGGCCACGCUGCACACGAAAGCUCCGGAGCUGGGUGGUGGAGCAGGUGGAGAGCGGACAGUUCCCAGGGGUGUGCUGGGACGAUGCAGCUAAGACCAUGUUCCGGAUUCCCUGGAAGCAUGCAGGCAAGCAAGACUUCCGGGAGGACCAAGACGCUGCCUUCUUCAAGGCUUGGGCAAUGUUCAAGGGAAAGUACAAGGAAGGAGACACGGAAGGCCCUGCUGCCUGGAAGACGCGCCUGCGCUGCGCCCUCAACAAGAGUCCGGAAUUUGAGGAGGUUCCCGAGAAUGGCCGUAUGGAUGGGGCUGAGCCAUACAAGGUGUAUCGACUGCUGCCAUCCGGAACCCUCCCCGCCCAGCCAGGGACCCAGAAAUCACCAUCAAAGCGACACCACAGUUCUGUGUCCUCCGAGAGGGAGGAUGGUGAGAGUACUGUAAAAAGCUGCAUACUCAGUCCCUCCUUGCUCCAGGAUCCCGUCGAUAAUGAGGAGCUGGCCAGUCAGGAAGCAGACCGUUUGGGCAUCGGGGGCGGCAGCAGCAGCAGCAGCAACAGCAGCAGCAACAGCCCUGAGCCACAGAAAGGUGCAGAUACAACAGAGGCCCCUUUUCAAGGGGAUCCAGUGUCCCUGGAACUUCUUCCCCCUCCAGACUCAGACUACUCGCUGCUGCUCACCUUCAUCUACAGCGGGCGCGUGGUGGGUGAAGCCCAGGUGCAGAGCCUGGACUGCCGCCUCGUGGCUGAGCCCUUGUGCUUCCAGAGCCGCAUGGAGCAGGUGGUGUUCCCCAAACCUGGCCCGCUGGAGCCCACCCAGCGCCUGCUGAGCCAGCUCGAGAGAGGCAUCCUGGUAGCCAGCAACUCCCGAGGCCUCUUCGUGCAGCGCCUCUGCCCCAUCCCCAUCUCCUGGAAGGCACCCCAGGCCCCACCUGGUCCAGGCCUGCAUCUGCUGCCUAGCAACCAGUGCGUGGAGCUCUUCAGAACAGGCUGCUUCUACCGAGACUUUGACAGGUACUUACGGGGCCUGGGCCCUCAACCCAAGUUCCAAGCAACCCUGGAUUUCUGGGAGGAGAGCCCUGGCCCCAGCCAAACCCCACAGAGUCUUAUUACAGUGCAGAUGGAGCAGGCCUUUGCCCGCCACUUACUAGAGGAGACGCCAGAGGAGCAAGCAGCCACUCUGUCCCUGAUGCAGAGCCUUGGGGACCCACUCGCCUCCCCACCCCUCUGUUCUUACGAUCUUCUUGAAACAGAUUCCUCUCCACCCUGUUGAUCUGCCUUUCUCUCUGGUAAUUUUCAGUGGUUAUCUGUGAUUGUGACGUCCUCAGACUCCUCAUGCACCCAGGUGGGGGGGACUUAAGGGUGAUUUUCAUCCUUUUCUUUCUCUCUCUCUCUCUAUUUUAUUUUAUUUUUAAAAUUUUGAGCUAUACCCUCUUUUUUCUCUAAGGAACUGGGACUUUCCCUCUUCUCCCACACCCCAAUUUUAAAUUUAAGCACUUUAUAUUUGCUUUCUAGAUCUUUACCAAGGGUUUAAAAUAAAAUUGUACUGAAAAAAGAA